GCACAACAGCUUACACCAAGAUCGGCCAACAUAAAUAGGAAAAUGUCCCAGAUAUACUGCUACCGGCGCGUGCCGCCACCAUGGAGGCGUCACCGGGCGUUCCUUAGCGCCAUGGACACAAAACUGAUCAGUCUUACCACCGCCAAGUACUUCCCUGCAAUCAGGAGGCCGGUGCACCUCUUCAAGAAGGGGCACUACUACAACGUUCUUGCUCUUGGCUCUGAUCUUGAGGAAGCAUCCACCAAACUGACGAAAGUCAUCGGUCCGAUGGAGUCCGAAGAGGAAGAGUCCGCACCUUCUCCAGAACCUGCCCCGGAGCCUGCGCCUGCUGUGGAAGUGUCUGAGACGCCUCAAGAACCCGAGGCGGUGAUUCCUGAACCUGCGCCAACCGAGCCAGAUGUACUACCAGCUCCCGCCCCCUGUGAACCUGAGCCUCCUGUAGCAGACGUCCCAGCUCCGGAACCGGAACCAGUUGCUGAGGACCCCGAACCUGCUGCUAAGGAAGAGGUGGCAGUCGUUGAAGAACCUAAACCAGCCAAACCAAUUGUAACAGAGCCAGAGCCGGUUACUCCGGAACCAGAACCCGUUGCUAAGGAACCCGAACCUGCCCCUCCAGCAGCUGAGCCCGAAGCUGCAGAAGCAAAACCCGAACCACCUGUAGAGGAGAAUAAACCAGAGCAGGAGAUAACAUCAGCACCAGCACCAGCACCGGAAGCUCCAGCACCAGCACCGGAAACUCUAGCACCGGAAGCUCUGGAACCAGCACCAGCACCGGAAGCUCCAGCACCGGAAACUCCGGCACCAGCACCGGAAGCUCCGGCACCAGUACCGGAAGCUCCGGCACCAGCACCGGAAGCUCCGGCACCAGCACCGGAAGCUCCAGCACCAGCACCGGAAACUCCGGCACCAGCACCGGAAGCUCCGGCACCAGCACCGGAAGCUCCGGCACCAGCACCGGAAGCUCCGGCAGAAGAACUAGCACCAGCACCGGAAACUCCGGCAGCAGAACCAGCACCAGAAGUUCCGGUACCGGAAGCUCCGGCAGCAGAACCAGCGCCAGCACCGGAAGAGACGGCACCCGAAGCUCCAGCAAAAGAAUCAGCACCAGAACCGGAAGCUCCGGUAGCAGAAGCAACCCCUGCACCAGUAACUCCGACACCGGAAGCUCCAGCGGCAGAACCAGCACAGGGCCCACCCGUAGCAGAGCCAGCACCAGCACCCGAACCUCCAGCACCCGAACCAGCAAAAGUAGCUGAAUCAGCAAAGGAAGCACCAGCAGAAUCAUCUGCAUCAAAAGCCCCUACAGAGGCACCAGCCGAAGAAAAACCGGCACCACCACCGGCCGAAGAAACGGCGGCGCCAAAACCAUCGACGAAGAAACCAGCGUCGCCUGGAAAGGCCACCACGGAUGCCCCAUCCGCGAAGAAGGAACCAGCGUGGAAGCAACAACUGAAACUCAAGAAAGCCAAAGCAAAGGAAGCAGAGGGUGCAAAGCAGGAAGCACCAGCACCGGCUUCACCGGUCGGUAACGCUGCGUAAUUAAGGCCAGCGUUUUGUACAUAUCUAAUCUAUCUAGUUUUUGGAGGAGCAUCAUCGUAUAUGUAACUGUACGAUUACAAACUCCCUGACGAAUACACAAGAACCAACCAACGCCAAAUGAAGCCAUAUUUGAAGCCAUAUUAACUUCAUUUGCAUCACACUGCCACUGCCAGGGUGAUGCCGAUAAGAAAUGCAUUACAGCUACAAAGUAUAUAAGAACAAAAACUUAAGUAAGCCCCGUAAGGCCAAUAUCAAAAUGGAAGUUAGACGCUUACUGAUUUCGUCAGUAUUAGGUACGGCCAACUCACCAAGCAGAGAUUAGUGGGGAAAUAUUGUAUCCCCCGUUUCGGAGCAUAAAAGGUCGUAAUUUUCCCCACCAACUUCUGCUUGGAGGGUAGGUAUGGCCAGGCAUGACUGUCAAGGCAUUCUUGGUGGCUAUUCCCAUCAGAUAUAUACUGUAUUAAUGCGACUGUAUUUAAUAUACACCUUAUACAAAGCCAAAAGGGCAAGUAAAAGUACUGUACGGAAAAAUUCAAAGCUUGGCAUUCGACAAACAUUAUUGAUUUUGAUGGACGUCCGCUGUAAUGAUGUAUGUUAAUAGAAUGAUUAGGACUUAAAUGAUGUCAUCUACAUUUGUUGUAUUUUAUCUGACCCUUACUUCUUUCCUCAUGACCCCAAUGAAAAGUGGCCUGUAGGCCGAUUUGAGCUUUCAUAAAUAGAUAAAGGUUCAAACAAACUGCCAAACUGUGUGUUGUUACAUAUGUGUUAAACAACAGAACCAUGUCGGAAUCUAUGAAUGUACGAAAAGGACCUUGGAAAUGUAGGGCAAAGGCUUACGCCGUGCAACUUUCUUGCCCACUGUCUCUUAAUCUAUACCAAUAAACUAUUUCUGUGUCAAAAGUUG